AUGGCGGCAUCGCUUGUACUGCCGUGGGCUGCUGUGGCUCUACUCAGCUACCUUGUUUACCAAUACCUCAACGAGAGACGCCGGCUGCCCCUACCACCAGGUCCCAAACCGCUCCCCAUUGUUGGCAAUGUGAACGACUUUCCUCCCGCCGAUAUGGCCGAGUACCAGCACUGGGUCAAGCACAAGGGCCUCUAUGGCCCCAUCAGCUCCGUGACCGUGCUUGGCAAGACUCUCAUUCUCAUCAAUGACCAGCAGAUGGCUCAUGACCUCCUCGAGAAGUUCGCCGGCAAGACCUCCGGUCGGCCGAGCAUGGUCUUUGCCAAUGAGUACCGCAAGCUCAUGCACCGAGAACUCGGCACCAAGGCUGCGGCAGCACAGUAUCACCAGGCCCAGGAGCUCGAGGUGAACCGCCAGCUCGUGCGUGCGCUGAAGGAGCCGGAGAAGUGGCUGCAGCACUUCAAGACCACGACUGCGGCGACCAUCCUAAAGAUGGCCUAUGGCUACAUUGCCGAGCCGCACGAGCCCGACGUGCUCGUCAGCCUCGUCGACAAGAUGACCACCGAGUUCUCCCUGGCGACUGUGCCCAUGGCCUGGCCGGUCGAUACGAUUCCUCUGCUCCGAUACAUCCCCGAGAACACGCCCGGCGUCACCUUCAAGAAGACGGCGCGCAAGUGGCGCACGUCCAUCCAGGACGCCGGCUGGGUGCCGUAUCGAUUCGUCCAGCGCCAGAUGGACGCCGAUUCGCAAAAGCCUUCGUACGUGUCGAAGCUCGUGCAACAGUGCAAAAACAACGACACGAGCACCCUGUGCCAAGAUGAUGAGGAGGCCAUCCUGUGGUCGGCCGCAAGUCUCUACGGCGGCGCCGCGGACACCACCGUCAUCAGCCUGACGGCCUUCACCCUGGCCAUGGCAAAGUUCCCCGGUAUUCAACGCAAAGCCCAGGAAGAAAUCGACCGCGUCAUAGGCACCGAUCGUCUUCCCAACUUUGAGGACCGGGACAGCCUUCCCUACAUCAACGCAGUCAUCAAAGAGACGCUGAGAUGGUGGCCUAUUGCCCCCAUGGGAUUCCCCCACACGGCCAACGAGGAGCUCGAGUACAACGGGUACCGCAUCCCCAAGAACGCCAUCCUCCUCCCGGCUGUGUGGGGGUUCCUCCAUGACCCGAACGUCUACCGGGACCCGCACUCGUUUGAGCCCGAGCGCUUUCUGAGCCCGCGAGACGAGCCAGACCCCACGUCCGACGUGUUUGGGUACGGACGCAGAAUAUGCCCUGGCCGGUUUAUCGCCGACUCGGGUGUCUUCAUCAACGUCGUCCAGUCCUUGGCGGUAUUUGACGUGAGCGCCGCCACCGACUCGACGGGGGGGUCCGUGGGUAUCGACGCCAAGCCGAUGCCCGGCAUCCUGUGCUACCCUGCUGAGUUCCCCUUCAAGAUCACGCCGAGGAGCGCUGCGCACACACAUCUCAUUCGGCGCGCGGAGGAGGACCACCCCUGGGAGGCGAGCGAUGCGCCCCUUCUCGAGACCUAA